AUGCCACAUAUUGUUAGGCAAUUUUAUUAUGUUCCGCGUCCUUCAAUUGUGCCACGUAAACGAGGGUGGUGUGUUGUAAUCAAAACAAAAUCAUUGGGUCAUAUUAAAAUUGACGAUCUAGUGGAAGACAUUCCUUACCAAGUUGAUGAAAUUUCUCAAAUUAAUGAUGUGAUUAAAAUUGAAAGAAUUACAAGUUUGUGUGAUACAGUGGUUGAGGGUCAUCAAUUUGAUGCAUCUAUAUUGUUGGAAGAAAAUAACAUGGAUGAAGAUCAUGAAGAGUUUGGAUCUGAGGAUAAUAUUGGAUCAGAUGAUGAGAAUGAUAUGGAUGACGGGCAUAAAGAGUUUGAAUCUAUCAUUUUAGUAAUUUUACUUAAUGAUUCAGUAUAG